UUAGAUAGAACAUUUUUUCCAUCGAUAAUAACAAGAGAAAAGGUAGAGAAGCCGAAGCUUAAAUUACUCAGUAAUGGCGUCACUUCACUAUCUUUAAGCCCAUACAACAACUUUCCAAUGGCUUCUCCUUCACUUUCAAAAUCCAAUUUCUCCCUUCAUUCCUUCUCUUCUUCCCCAUCCUUGUCACAAUUCCCUCAUUUCACUUCCAUUACCGUUGUUAAACCCAACUUUUUCCCUUCGCAGCUCACCCUCAAACGCUUUCAAAAUGCUCCUUCUUUCCCGAUUAUCAAAGCCCAAAACUCUCCAGAUUUUGUCCCCGAUGCGAAGUUUUACAAAGUUGAAGCAAUUCUAAGACCUUGGAGAAUUCAACAGGUUUCUUCGGCACUACUGAAAAUGGGCAUUCGUGGUGUCACUGUCUCGGACGUUCGUGGUUUUGGUGCCCAAGGUGGCUUGACCGAGAGGCAAGCUGGCUCUGAAUUCUCUGAAGACACGUUUGUAGCAAAAGUUAAAAUGGAGAUUGUUGUCAGCAAAGACCAGGUUGAAGGAGUCAUUGGCAAGAUAAUUGAAGAGGCAAGAACUGGUGAAAUUGGUGAUGGAAAGAUAUUCUUGACUCCUAUCUCUGAUGUAAUAAGAGUUCGCACUGGAGAACGCGGAGAAAAGGCAGAGAGGAUGAUGGGAGGGCAUGCUGAUAUGUCCUCUACGUUAUCAACUUCUUGAGCUGCAUGCCUCUAUCUUAAAGUUAAAAGGCUUAAUCAUUUUUAGUUAUGUAUUGUGGCCAUGUUAUGUGUUGAGUUAUGGAACAAGGUCCAUGCUGUCAAGUAGGGAAUAAAAUAAACAAGUUGGAGACUUACCAUGUACCUGUAGUUUCAGUAGCCAUUUCCAGAAAACUCGUAGCUUAGCAGCCAUUUUGUAUUUACACUCUUCAGCACAAUCACGGUAACAUUGCUCCCCUUCCCCGUUUUUGGCUGUAGUUGAGUGUACUUUACACCUUAUCCUCCGUGCAAUAUACAUUGAACCAAUAUACCUUUAGCCA